UGAUGCGAUCAAUUUUUGGCAACAUUGAUAAAUAAAUACGUCAUUCUGUCCGAAUUAAAUUCACGUUUAUUUAUGUGAUAAUUGUACGAAAAUACAUUUUAGAUACAUAAUUUAAGAGCAUAAAAAACACACAAAAAUGGCAGAUGUGCUAGAUAUCGAAAAUUCCGAAGAAUUUGAGGUUGACGAGGAUGGCGAACAGGGAAUCGCUCGUUUGAAGGAGAAGGCGCGAAAACGUAAAGGAAGAGGUUUUGGCAGUGAAACCGGCAGCGGAGGCGCCUCAGAGAGAGGCAACAGGGGCAGGUAUGAUAGCUUGGCACCCGAAGGUGAUGGCAACACUCCAGGUCCACAGCGGUCAGUGGAAGGCUGGAUCCUGUUUGUCAGCAAUGUCCAUGAGGAGGCACAGGAGGAAGACAUACAGAACCAGUUCUCAGAAUUUGGUGAGAUCAAAAAUAUCCACUUGAACCUGGACAGACGUACCGGUUUCCUCAAGGGUUACGCUCUGGUGGAGUACGAGACUUAUAAGCAGGCUGCUAGUGCUCGCGAGGCCCUAGACGGCGCAGACAUCUUGGGCCAGCCGAUAUCCGUGGACUGGUGCUUCGUCAAAGGCCCAACUAAAGGCCACAAGAAGAGGCGAUAGAAUCUAAACUUAAUAUAUAAGCUUUACUUAUAAA